AUGCCGCGCUGUAAAGAAGAUGGAGAAUGUAACGGUGCCAGUAUAGGAUUCUCCCGACCCAAGUCUGACCCAUCAGGAAUUGUCAACAUCUACAGAGAUGAACGUAAACAUCCCAGAUCGGUGGUAGACUUAGACGUAGUAUCAGGUUAUGAUGAAUACAUGGCCUCCGGACGCACGACGUACUCUUUCACAUCCUCAAGAAUAGACCUCCAAUUCCCAAAACUCGCAAAACCUGAUGAUGGCCUUCCCAUCUGUCGCAGGCUGAGAUUCCCUGGGAUGGGGCCCGUUGAACUCUCCCGAUCCACAUGCUGGGCUGGGACUCCCGACUAUAGCUUAAUAUCUUCCAUUGCUAUCCUCCGUUCACGAUCGGCACUGUCCUCACGAGUCACUCUUCAAGUUUGGGCCGCGGGGUGUGAAGUCGUUGGGUCAUAG